AUGAAUAAUGCUGGCAUCCAUGGGUUGAAUAUGAGCAGUCAUAUUUGCGACCUUCCUCAUGAUCUUCCUCAUGAUCUUUUUCGUGGUUCUUCAAUUUUAUCGAUGGAUUCAUUUUCAGAUGAUCGCUCAUCUGCAUCAUCAUCUUAA